AUGAACUUGGCGUAUCGCGACAAUGGCGCUCUCACCACCAACCCACCAGCAGGCGACCAACACCUCUCUGUACACGGAUCAGACUGGCUCUGGGCUGUCUUUGCCGUCUUCGCCAUCACAUCGAUAAUAGUUUUCGCUCUGACAUGGAGAGCUAGAGCGGGAGAAAAGAUCUUUCAUUAUCUGUUCACGAUUGCUCUCCUUUCGGGUGCCGUUGCAUAUUAUAGUAUGGCUUCGGACCUGGCUUGGAGUGUGAUCCCACAGGCCAACAAUAUUGCCCAUAGUGGCCUUACGCGCCAGAUCUUCUUCGCCAAAUAUGUGUACUGGGUCAUCUCUUUUCCUGUCUUGAUCAUCGCCAUCGGUCUUCUUAGCAGCGUCUCAUGGGCAACGAUUCUGUACAAUAUAGCCCUGGCAUGGGUCUGGAUCCUGUCCUAUCUCUUCUCUGCAUACACCCGGACCAACUACAAAUGGGGGUUUUUCGCCAUCGGCACGGUAGCCUAUAUCGCGCUUGCCUUCAGUACCCUCGCCCAGGGCCACAGAGGCGCUCGCCGCAUCGGUUACUCUCGCGACCAUGCAGGAUUAGCCGGCUGGAUGAAUCUGAUCUGGUUCUUCUAUCCGAUUGCCUUUGGUCUAUCUGACGGGGGUAAUCGGAUCGGCAUCACCUCCAGCUUUGUUUUCUUUGGCAUCCUGGAUCUCCUCUUGGUUCCGCUUCUGGCCUUUGCUUUCAUUUUCCUCGCUCGUAGGUGGGAUUACAAUCGCUUGAAUCUCGCCUUUACUCAGCACGGCCGUGUCCAUCCAGCAACUGGCACUUUUCCAGGAAAGGAGACACAUGGAGUAGCAGGAACAACCACAGGUAGUCCAGCAGAUUCCGCUUAUGCUGCUCGCACUGCUGUCUAA